AUGACUGACGUCCCACCAACCGAGUCCAUUCCCAAACCAGAGGAACCUAAAGAACCACAACAGUCUCCUCAGCAACCUCAGUUCCAGCAAGUACCUCCGAAUUACUACCAAUUUCCACCUCAAGGUUACUACCCACCACAAGGCUUCCCGAACUACCCUCCUCAGCCUAUGCCUUACUUCCCCAACCCUUGGUUGUUCCAGCAAGCUCCACCCCAGCAAUUCCAAUUCCAAUCUCAAUCGAAGAGAGACCAAGACUUCGAAGAAGGUCUGAACCGCUUACGCAAAGAGUAUGCUACAGCUCCAAUUGAGAGAAAGUUGUUCCCAGACCAAAAAAUAAUGUUUAGGGUAGAUGGUUAG